UUUCACAUGUAUGUUAAGUUUAUACAUACAUAUUUUAUUUAUACUGCAAAUGGUUCUGCACUUUAUCAAACGUGAUAAAACAGCGCCUAUAUAUUCCAUCUCUCUCUUUCUUCCGGUUUUACCAUCGAAAUCUGACUUCGUGUUUUGAUUUUUUGACAUUUAUCUCUCGGGGACACACGUAAUGUUGAUUACAUAGCAAAGCAUUGUGAGAAUAGGAAAAGUGGGGGUAACUGGCAGUUCAUACUUAAGCCAGCAGCACGUGGUGCUUGUUUUUAUGUUGGAUUGCUUGCUAGGUGGAAAUACUCUGUUUUGAUAUGAGACUGGCCAAUGGAAUUCCGAUAUCAUAAACAAUAAGAAGAAGAAUAUUUGAUAUGUUAUAUAUUAUUGGAACAAGAUAAAAAUAACUAAUUUUAUAUAACGUGAGCAUUUUAUAUAAUAAUAAUAUAAUUAAUAUAUAUAUAAUAAAAUUGAAUUUAACAAAAUUCACUGCUACGUAUGUUACGAUUCGCGAUCGCUUUUGAUCUCACCUUAAAAUGUUUGCAACUUGUAUAAAAAGUGUACUUGUAGUAUAUAAAAAGUAUACUUGUAGUAUAAAAAGUGAAAUAUUUAUAUUUGUUUGCUCUGUGAAAGUGUAAUUUAUUUAAUAUAAACUAAUAAUAAUAGUGUAGCAGUAGUAAUAAUAAUAACGAUAAAACACACGAAAUGUAUCCCGCGAAUCACAAGACCGUAUUCGUACUGGAUCAUACUCCUUACUUCGGAAUCUCUAGCGAAUGUCCGUUGGAGUUUGACUUUUUAAAAAGCAGAGGUCAAAAUUUGACUCCGUUAGCACCGAUUUGUAAAUCGCUAUGGACUACCAGCGUUGAAGCUUCAUUGGAGUAUUGUCGUAUUGUAUGGGAUCUGUUUCCUACAGGCAAAUUGAUUAGAUUUGUGGCAACAAACCAUGCUGUUUAUAUAUUGAACUCAUGGAGCCUGUCACAACAGAACUUACAACAUAUAAGGAAUGCUACCGCAAUCUUAGGAGUGCCAACAAAGACACCAGAACCUGGAAAAAACUAUUCAAUAGUAUAUGGCUUACAUGUGGCAAUUAGUAUUCUAAAUGAAUGUUCUCAUAUACAGCAUGAGAAAAGAACAUUUUUAAAUAAGAACACUACUAAUCUAGUGAACAGAGGCAGAAUUAUAUGUAUCACUAGUAUACGUGACGAUAGUAAUAUGAAGAGCUUGGAGAACAUAUUCCUAAAUAAAUUAACACAGAAGAAUAAGACUGCAUUAGCUUUAAAUCAUUUACCCAUUGAUUACUGUCACCUAGUUAUAUUAAAUAUAUUUCCCAACAAUAUUGAGCCACAAAUCACUAGCCAAGGUCCACGAGAGAUCUCACCAUUGCUAACAGUAGAAGUGCAUUCAAUCAAAGCUUCAGCGCUCUACUUCAAGUUAUUGCAUCUUAUUCUAUCACAUUAUAACCUUGCCAGUACUACAGUAACUGGUAUACCCAUGAAAGAAGAACAAAAUGCCAGCUCAUCCACCAACUAUGACAUUGAAAUAUUCCAUUCUUCCGCUGCACACGCUGUGAUAUUAACAAAUCCGCAAGAUUCGUUGAUAAACACUUUUAGAUGUUUCAACGAAGGCUCAGAAGACUACGAGACUGUGACGCUCAAGUGGUGCUGCACACCGCGCGAUUGUAGGAUAUCAGAGAUGCAGAAUUUCACAGCGAUGUAUCGGAUUACACCUGUGGACGUCAAUAGCAGGCCGUCUUCGUGUUUAAUUAAUUUUCUUCUAAAUGAUAGAUUAGUGAUGCUUGAAAUGACCAAGAAGACUGGUGAGAAGACCAUAUCUCAUUUGUUAGCAGCACACGGUGGCGAAAUCUUCAUUCAUACUCUGUCCACUGCUAAGAGUGUACUUGAAGAUCCACCUUUCAUAAAAGAGGGUUGCGGUGGCCGUGUGACUAAUUAUAGAAUAACCGAUUUCGGCAAUUUCAUGCGAAGCAACAUGCUAGUACCACUUUCCACUGAAAAUAUGAAUGGUCCGGUGGAAAAGAUGAGAUCUAGACUAGAACGCUACACCAAAUAUUGGCCCAUUACUAUUUCCAGCACCAUCAUGUUAAACAUAAAGCAGCAAUGCAUAGAUCCUCUACUGGAGUUUAUGGUGAAGGAGAAGCUCACUGCGGAAGAGGUGCUGCAGUGUAAGCAAGUUUUAUUUAGUUUGCUACAAUCGGAAGCGAAGCAUGAGUCAUUACCUUUGUCGAACAUUGGUCGUGAUGGAAAGGGCAUAAAAAGAGAAGAACAGUAUCGCCUAUUAUGGGAAGAGAUGGAAAUUUUCUUGAAAUAUCACGCGAAUAAUUCGGCCGCACAUAUGGAAAUACUCGAAUGUCUACUAGAUAUUAGAAGUAAAGUUAAAAAUAAAAUGGAGUUGGACCAAAUCUUGCGAGAACUCGACAGUUUUGGAAAAGAAGAUGGAGUCGCAGGGCGAGUAAAUGUAAUCAGAGCGACGACGGACUCGCCGCCGGCGAGCACGAUGCUAUCGCGCAAAAGCAAGAGCUUAUUGGACAUCUGGAUGGAACGUAGCGCGUCGAAGAACCCAAGGAUGGAACUCAACGGCAGACUCAACAGCGACGGUCUCAAAACAGAGUUGUAUCGUAAUUUGAAAAAAACCGGCAAAGAACCCAUUUUGGAGUGUUAAUUCCCCAACAGGGGGAAAUGUCUAGCUAAGUGACGAAACGAUAUAUAAUACGCAACGUACCGCAUUGUAAAUAUAAGCGAUUUUCCAUCGGUGGUACUUGCGGAUUUAUUGAACCAGGAUUGUUGAUUAAAGUCGUUGUAUAUAGAUCAACUAAUAUUUACGUUGAAACGAACAUCCCGCGAUACAACAAAUAUGUACGUUCCUACUUUUCUCACUCUAUUACGUAAAAUAUUUAUAUUUUCAAGUUUAUAAUACACUCUUUAUGACAAAAUUAUAAGUACAAAUAUUUCAUGAUGGUCUUAAUUUUGUGAUAAAGGGCAUAAAUUUGCAGGAUCAUGUAGUCUUUCAUGCUCUAUGUAGAGAAAAUUUUCAGAAUUUGACUAGAACGAAAAAUUGGAUUUAGUUUCGUUUCAAAAAUGUAAAAGAGAAAUUUGGAGAUACAAUUAUUCAAUUCGAAUCAGUAUCAAUAUAGAUCACCUCGAUGUCGAGACGAAGGCACAUCUGCGUGCAAGAAUACAUGGGACGCAAGCAGAA